AGUCUUUUCAUUAGAACAUUCACGUUUGACAUCAACAUGGCGAUUUAUGGUGAUAUUAUUAAGUCCGAAUUUCCAAAAAUCGAUGACGAUUUAUAUCAAUAUGUGGAAGAUGUUCUCUCAAAUGGUGCUGAUGAGUUCGAAGGAAGUGAAGAGAUUUACGAUGCCAUUGGAGGAGUACUUCAUGAAGUGGCUUGUGACAAGUCCCAAGAGGAAAUCAUGCACAUAUGUGAAAAGCUGAUGGGUCUGAUGAAGCCAGAGAAGAACAUGACGAAUGGCACUACCAACAAAGUGCUCAGCGCUCCAGUUCACCUUGCUUCCAUGGCUGCCAACUUAGAGACUGACGUUGACACCAUCAAAAGCAUUUGGGUCGUACAGAGAGAUGAUGCUUUGAAAGUGGAUGCCAAGAAGUUGGAGAAGGCAGAGGCGAAGCUCCAGCAGAAGCAGGCAAUGCGGGCAGACCAGGUAACAAGUCGACCACCGCCAGGUCCUGUGAAGCUGGAGAGUGCAACUGCUUCGCAGGUCACAAGCAAGAAGGAAGCCAAGAUGGAGGCUAAGGGUAACAACCGGGCCCAGGACAUAAGGAUCGAUAAUUUUGACAUUGCCUAUGGUGACAAGGUUUUAUUACAAGCAGCUGAUCUUGUUUUGGCUUUUGGACGGAGAUAUGGUCUCUGUGGAAGAAAUGGUUUAGGUAAAACGACAUUGCUUCGGAUGAUAUCAAGUGGGCAGCUUCGAAUACCCUCACAUGUGUCCAUCCUGCACGUAGAGCAGGAGGUGGUGGGUGACGACACACCAGCGUUACAAAGCGUGCUGGAGUGUGACCUGGCACGUGAAACCCUGCUGCGGCGCGAACAGGAGAUCAGUGCGGCCAUCAACAGCGGGAACACAGACCCGAACCUAAACACAGAGCUGACAGAGGUGUACAGUCAGCUUACAGCUAUGGAAGCAGACAAGGCACCAGCCCGUGCCUCUGUCAUAUUGGCAGGUCUGGGGUUCACUUCGGAGAUGCAGCAGAGAAAGACUAAACAGUUCUCAGGUGGUUGGCGCAUGCGGCUGGCGUUGGCCCGUGCACUGUUCUCUAGGCCAGACCUAUUGUUGCUUGAUGAGCCGACCAACAUGUUGGACAUCAAGGCAAUCAUCUGGCUUGAGAACUACCUGCAGAAUUGGCCCACCACACUGCUGGUGGUCUCCCACGACCGACACUUCCUGGACACCGUGCCCACCGACAUACUCCACCUUCACUCUCAGAGGAUAGAAGCUUACCGAGGAAACUAUGAGGUGUUUGACAAGACUAAGACAGAGAAACUAAAGAAUCAACAGCGAGAGUUCGAGGCGCAACAGCAACAUCGAGCGCAUGUACAGGAGUUUAUUGAUCGCUUCCGAUAUAAUGCCAAUCGUGCCUCUAGUGUUCAGAGCAAGAUUAAGAUGUUAGAGAAAUUGCCAGAACUGAAGCCGGUAGAGAAGGAAGUAGAAGUGGUGCUGAAGUUCCCUGAAGUCGAAGCUCUCUCACCGCCAAUCUUGCAGCUUAAUGAAGUUUGUUUCUCGUAUGUCGAAGGGAAACCAAUCCUGUCACAAAUCAACCUGGGGGCCACUCUUGAAUCCAGGAUAUGUAUAGUUGGAGACAAUGGUGCUGGUAAGACAACACUCCUCAAGAUUAUUAUGGGUAUCUUGAGUCCCACAAGCGGGUCCAGACAUGUCCACCGUAACCUCAAGUUUGGCUACUUCAGUCAGCACCACGUAGACCAGCUGGAGAUGAAUGUGUCAUCAGUCGAACUGCUUCAGACUAGCUUUCCAGGUAAACCAGUAGAGGAAUACAGGAGGCAGCUGGGGUCAUUCGGUGUGUCCGGAGAUCUGGCUCUGCAGACCGUGGCGUCGCUGUCGGGAGGGCAGAAGUCUCGGGUGGCCUUCGCUAGGAUGUGUAUGGCCUGUCCGAACUUCCUAGUCCUGGACGAGCCCACCAAUCAUCUGGACAUUGAGACCAUAGAGGCGCUGGGGAAGGCUAUCAACAAGUAUACGGGUGGUGUGAUUCUGGUAUCCCACGACGAGAGGCUGAUCAGGAUGGUCUGCAAGGAGCUGUGGGUGUGUGGCCAGGGUUCUGUGAAGAGUGUGGAGGGUGGGUUCGAUGAGUACCGCAGGAUAGUGGAGCGAGAACUAGCCGAAGUUGGGACGAAGUGAGACGGCAGCUGGCUUCCUCUCACUGAAUCUGUUACGGCUGUGAUGGAGGGCAGGAGGAUACUGAAGCACGAACUCAGCACACGUUGUUGAUAUUAUGAUAUAAUAAAGAGUUUUCUAUAAUUUAUUUGUUUUAUUAGCAUCUAAGAGUAUAUAAAUUUGUAUUUGUAUCAAUAAACUUAUGUACAGUUCAAAA